CCCCGGCCCCCGCCCCCCCCGGCCAUGGCGGCCUUCUCGGAGGCGGCGCUGGAGAAGAAGCUGUCGGAGCUGAGCAACUCUCAGCAGAGCGUGCAGACCCUGUCGCUGUGGCUCAUCCACCACCGCAAGCACUCCGGGCCCAUCGUCACCGUGUGGGAGCGGGAGCUGCGCAAGGCCAAACCAAACAGGAAGCUGACGUUUCUGUAUCUAGCCAAUGAUGUCAUUCAGAACAGCAAAAGGAAAGGGCCUGAGUUUACAAAAGAUUUCGCACCAGUCAUAGUGGAAGCUUUUAAGCACGUUUCAAGUGAGACCGAUGAGAACUGUAAGAAGCACCUCGGAAGAGUGCUCUCUAUUUGGGAAGAAAGGUCCGUUUAUGAAAACGAUGUAUUGGAACAGCUUAGGCAUGCACUUUAUGGCGAGAAGAAGUCUAGGAAGCGCGUGUAUGAACAGAUAAAGGUGGAUGAGAAUGAGAACUGCUCCGCUCUGGGCUCCCCAAGUGAUCCUCCACAGACCACAGAUCUCACCAGAGCCUUGCAAGAACUAGAAAACGCAGCCUCUAGCGACGCGGCCGUUCAUCAGAGGAUAGCGUCGUUGCCCGUUGAGGUCCAGGAUGUUUCUCUCCUAAAUAAAAUCACAGAUAAAGAAUCCGGCGAACAGCUCUCUAAGAUGGUAGAAGAUGCGUGCAUGCUGCUGGCGGAUUACAAUGGCAGGUUGGCAGCAGAAAUAGAUGAUAGGAAGCAGCUAAUUCGCAUGCUCUCAGAUUUUCUCCGGUGUCAAAAAGAAGUCCUUGCAGAGAAAGAACAUAAACUAGAAGAAUACAAGCGCAAGUUAGCCAGAGUGACCCAGGUGAGGAAAGAACUCAGGUCCCGCAUCCAGAACCUCCCGGAUUUGUCUCGACUGCCCAACGUGACGGGCAGCCACGUGCACCUCCCUUUCGCGGGGGACAUCUACGGCGAUGACUGAGGGGCCGGGGAGGACCCAUCCACCCCGCUGGAGCCGGCGGAGCGGCGGGAAGAUAGUCCUGAAGUGUUAUUUUUGUAAAUCGUCGACAGAGUGACGCCGACAGAAAAACGUUCCAAUCGUUUAUAGAAUUGGUAUAAAAAGGUGGGUCGUUUCCAAGUUCCUCGUUGACUUGGUUUAUAAAGGGUGACCUCUGUAUCUGUUAAUAUGUUCACGGAUGGGUGAUUAUUUAAGAAAAAGAAUUCUUAUCUUUUGUAUAUUUUUGGAUCGAAGGUCCUGUGGAAAUGCAAAUGCUUCUAUUUUCUUUGUGAGAUCCGGAGUUCGUCGCUAGGUUCCCCGCUUGUGGUCAGUGUAGCUUUAGUGGAAAUGCUGUCAUUUCGAGGGAUGAACUCCAGUUGAGGGUCUGGUUUACGGGGGCGUCUCAGGGUUGAGGGAAAGCACCACCUCUCGCUCCCCAGAACUUCUCCAUUCCCUCGCCCGACCCUCCCGCACCCCCCCCUCCCCGAAACACCCCCCCCCCGACCGCCACACGCACACCCCUCGAUAGUAGUUCGGUCCCGUUCAGCUGGUACGAAGAAUCAGCAUUCGAACCCGUAGUAGGGGGCGGCGGCCGAGGGGCCGUUAUAGACCGAAUCCAUCCUUUCCUAGACGACUCGGGGCUACAGGCCCCGAGAAAUCUCGUCGAUCCCGGCCCUCCUAAGGAGGUUCUUUCACCUCAGCGAGAAACACCCGCUUUCGAUGAGAAAGAUAUCCGGCGGGCCGGACGGGGCAGGCCUCAAGCAGACAAAGAUUGAGAAUAAGUUCACGGGCAAGCGGGGAUGCGAAUAGAGACAUCCAGCGGAUGCCGUCUGGGUCACUUUCAAAAGCACAUUGGCCGAACGGCUCCCUCGCUCCCAGCCGAUCCCGAUGGUCGACGUGACAUCGUCUCUAAAAGGCGGAGAGAAAGGCUUUGAGUCGCCCUGAUUUGGAAGGAAACGUAGGUUCGACUUGAGUGGGUUUGGGAGGGCGGAGUGGUCGGCGAUUGAAACGCAGAGAUUCCUGGGGGUUCCUCUACAACCCUGUAUCGCCAAUUUAUGGUCCUUUGGAAUUCAGGAAUGAUUUAAGCUGAACCAAUAUUGGACGCCUCCUGCUAAUAAAUGUCCGUCGGGAAAACUCUUUUUUACCUCCACCAGCCUGGCAGCUCUAAAGAUAGGACACCGAAUUCCCGGGAGGAAAUGUUCAUGAGGUAGACUGUAGAACGUUUGGGUCCUUGGAGUGUCGGACCGGCUGUAGGUUGUAGAAAAGACAGUAAAGCCACAGGAUAGAUCUGGUACGUUUUAUAUAUGGAUAUAUGUACAUAUAUAUCCAUAGAAAUACAGAUAAGUGUAUUAUUUUUCCGCUUGCCAGACACAUUAUGCGUUCGAGUUGUCGAAACCUUGGCUUUCUUCUAAAAGCCCACCCUGUUGGCAGCAGGUUGGCACAUAAAACGGCCGUCUUUGAGGAGAUGUUCGUGACGUUAUUAAUAAACGAAGGCGCCUUUUCUAUUAACGUAUGCUUUGCGGGGUAAACAUUUUCCUCUCGGUUGCAUGCGGUCACGGAGUGGAAAUAACAGUGGGUCUGUUCUCCCCUCGCCCCCCCCAGAAUCCCCCGACCCAAAUCGUUUCGUCAGACCUGUGUUAUCUGUGUAAAUAUUUCUUUCUCAUAAUUAACGCUCCUAUCCGUAAGCAGUGUGCAUGUAAAGGUAAGGUAAAUUUUUUUCCCAGGAGCCAGUGAAGGAAAAUACCUUUAUAGGGACACACUGUUAAAGCGAAACGUUCUGUGAAAAGACUAAGGGUGCAUUAUUUCGUUUUAUAUUCAGGUAGUUUGUUUCCUUGGAAAUAGCAUUGUUUUAAUUUUAGCUUCUCCGUAAUUCCUGCAUUGCCGCCUCAUCUUUGAGGCGUUUUGUGAUAUAAACCCGUUAUUAAGAAUUUUUCUUUGGCACUAAGGUAAGGAAUGUUCCACUCGAUAGGCUUGAAAGUGAUCAGAAACAUUUUAAAGGUGCUCUCUCUGUUCAAAAACGGCUGGUUUUAGAUCGGUGGUGUCUGCUCGUUCUCUGUUACCGUUUUGCUAGAGCGAGCUGGCGUCUCUUAAAACGGCCAGAGAGACUUAGUGCGGAGAAGGUGUGGGGAAGAUCACGAGUUUGUCCCCAGCUCCCUGAAUCCUUAACGUUUUCCCACUGCGGGUCACCAACCGACCGCCCGCUGGGUCGGCCGCGUCCCGUAGCUUUCCGACGGCCGGGGUCCGGAUGCGGAUCCGUUGACUGAGCCGUGCUUCCGGAGGGCGGUGGACGUCGAGGACGAAGACGGUGCGAGGCCUCGAUUUCCACGGGUGUUUCUGUGAAACCGGGCUAUGGGGGAAGCGGGGGACUGCCUUUGCCUACACCGCCCAAUCUCAAGUCAUGGGCGUUUCCCCAAAUGGCCCAAUCUGGGGCCCACAGUACCCACACCCGGGCUUGCGUUGGUUAGGUCACGCUUGAUCCUGCGGGUUUUCUCCUUUUAAAGAAGUUCCGGCCGCCAGCGGACUCGGGCGCUUUCCCCAGUGGGAGGGCCAGGAGCCAGCCGGGGGGCAGAGCCACGCGACUGACUCCCCUGGGGCCGACACCCCCCUCUCCCUCUGUGCUUUCUCCGCGCCCUGGCUUGGGCUUGCGGGUAUCCGGUCAGCCCCGUUGGGCCGUGGAGAGAAUGCUUCUCCGGACCCUGCCAGUCGGCUUACCUUUCAGAGUGGCAAAACCUCUCAGGGCCGAUGACGAGCCGUGCUCUACAACACGGCGGUCUUUCCGGCCCACUAGCUGAAUAACCUGAAGGAAGGACGGAAGGAUAGAACUCCUUUCUGGUUCCUGGGGACGGAUAUUUGCCCAAGGCGAAGUUCUGCUAGAGAAGGAACUGUCCGAAAGGUACGGCUCAGCGCCCUUUGUCCUUCCUCCCCUUUGCAUCCAGUUGACCCCGCGGUCCUCAGGACGGCACCGUCGUGAAAGGGAUGGGUGUGAAAGGAUAAUCUGGAAGAUUUGUGCCUGGGAGAGCCUGGCACAGUGGCUUCCUUACGUUCUGGGCUCGGGCAGAGAAGCAGACUCUCCCUCUAGUCAACCGCCUUCCUAGCGGAGAGCAGAGGGGUUUGUACGGUAAAGUGAAGGUGGGCGCCUUCCUGCCUGGGAACCCCUUGGGGCCCAGCUGCUGGACGGGGGGCCAAGUCCCGCCUCCCCUGCCGGGACGGACCCCCUUUCCACCGUCCCCAGCUCCAAAUCUGCUGGGCCUCACCCCGAAAGGAGCGAUUUGGGCCUGGCCUGUACGAACCUGCUCCGGGGACCUGCUAGGAGACCCUACGUAUCCAUCAGAGAGCCUUCUCUCCAACACGGAGAUGGGAGAGGAAGGCCGGACCCGCUCACUGGGCUCAAUGUGUUCCCUGAGUCUUCUCCAGGAGAAUAAUGAAAGCUUACAGGGGCUCUGGGACCAAUCCAGUCUCCCCCCGACACCCUCAGACUACCAACUUGUCUUUAGGAAGGGUCACUGACCGAGAAAAGUGACCUGAAAUUUAAGCAUCCCUUACGUAGCGCGUCUUCUUUAUUUUGCCGAUGCGUUUUACUUGCAUUUGAUUAUUUAUGAAGGGAGAGAGGGGUGAUAGGAAAUCAGUAGAGGGUUUGGAAAUUAACCCCAUUCAUUUUCCACGUUUCAGUCACUGUUACCGUCUCUUCUUUCUUCCUUCUGAAAAUUAUUUUCUCCCCCCCCCGGGACUUUACCUCAUCACGAUAAUAGGAGAGAGGCCACAGUGUCCUGUUUACAAUCGAAGGAACUGAAAGAUCACUCCCAUGACCGCUCUGUACCAAGUUAAUGACCCUCCUCUAAUUGAAAACGUUGACCGCUAGUUGCUAAAUAACCUCGCGCCCAUUAGCAAAACGUAGUCGUAGAACGCUGAUCCGUUUAGAUGAGAUGAAAAAAAAGUGUCUUCAAAGCCCAGUUUCGAUCAGAGUGGGUCUCACACCCGUUACUCGGAGUAUUGUAAAUCUGUUUAAAAUUUUUAAUAGCCAACUUCAUUCGUUUUAAAAAACUAGUAGUAGAACAACUUUUAAUUCGUAGAUUUGACCUGCCACACUUCGGUACUUGGACACCAGACGUCACGGCUGCUCGAGUGAAGCAUGGUCUUUUUUGUGGUAAUCUGUGGGCAUAGGAUUCAGCAGUUAGUAACUUCUCUGUAGUGGAAAUCUCAUUCGUUCAAAGUUGUCAAGAAAGAAAAUACAAUGUCGAACAUUUACAGGUGUGUUGUUUCACUGUACGCUGCUUACUGGACUUCUAAUUCUCGUGUGAUUUAUGUCCUCUAAGAACACCUCUGUAUAACAGUUCUUUCAUAUUGAAAAGAAUAAAAUCUUUAAAAAGGAGGCUAA